AUGCAUACUAUACAGCCCAAAAUAGAGUUUAACAUAUCUACGAUUGCCAUACUCCCAAAUCUAGAAAGGAAUGGAACAAUGGGCACUACAAAGCACUUUUAUCCUAAACUUGGCAAUGUUCCAAUUGGAGUAAAGGAUGGUGGUAAAAGGCUAUGGAAUGGUGGAAACGGUGACUAUUGUCUUUCUUGCCUUGUUUAUAAGAAAGAGAAUGUAGAACUACUGGAAAUGGCAGUUGUAGAGAGAAAUUUGAAGGCAAAGAAAUACUUUGAGAGGAAUGUUGGUGGUGAAUGGAUCUCCGUCGAAAAGGACAAUUUCUUCAAGAAACUCAAUGGAAUGAAAAGGUUUGGAUUAGCAUUUCUUGAUCCUUCUACCGCUUCAUCUAAGACUUAUAAAGACUCUAAUUAG